AUGAAUGAACAAAUUAUUUUUACCACAAAUUCUACCGGGAGUAUUACCAAUGUCCAUUCCUAUGAACAAGCCAAUUUAAGACAAUGUACAGUUGCUUCGAAGAAUAGUGCUGUUAGAGUCGGUGAAAAGUAUCUAUUUGUGGCACAAGCUCAGAAGGCUUUGAUCCAUGUGUACAGUGCGGCCUAUAAUAACCAAAGGGAAUCCGUUGAGCAAAGAUUACCACUACCUGAGAAAGUCAACUGUUUAGAAGUAGUCGAGAACAAUGCUUCUAUUUAUAGCGGAACCAAGAGCAAUGGUAGUUUACACAAUUUACCACAAUUGAACUUACCUUAUUUGUUGUUAGCCAGUACAGAAUCAGGUAAACUAUACAUCUGGGAAUUAAACUCAGGUAUCCUAUUGAAUGUGAAACUUGCCGCUCAUUACCAGGCCAUCACAAAGAUCAAAUCUAUUAUGAACGGUAAGUAUAUAAUCACUUCUGGUAAGGAUUCCCGUGUUAUAAUAUGGCAAACGAAUGACCUGGUGUCCCAGGAUGAACCUAAACCUGUGGCUAUUCUACAUGAUCACACUUUACCAGUGACUGACUUCGAAGUUUCAUCAGUACAUGGAGACAACUUGUUUACUAGCGGUGUCAAAUUGUACACUGUAUCAAAGGAUUCUACAUUAAGAUGUUACGAUUUAAGUACAUUAGUUAAUCAAGGAAAUAAUAAGAGGGGCACUAGACAAAGAAGAUCAGACGAUACUGCACAAUUAUUGGCGACUUUCACUUUACCUUACCCAAUCGACUGUAUUGCAUUAGAUCCUGCCGAGAGAGCUGUAUACUUGGGUACUCAAGUCGGAUGUUAUUCAUUACCAUUGUUCUAUAAACUGAACGGUAACAAAAUAUUAAACUUGUUACAACCAUCUUCUGGUAAUCAAGGAAAGAUCUACUCUCUUAUUGAGGAACCUACCGAUAUUUCUACGAAGAUCAACAAAGAUGCUUUAUUUGCCAAGAACCAACUUAUCUGUAAUAAGUUUCUAGAGGAUAGUAUUGUCUGCUUAAAGGUAUCAAUGGAUGGAUCAAUCCUAUUGUUAGGUGACAAACAUGGUAGAGUUCAUGUUACUGAAAUAUUUUCUAAACAAGUGCUGAAAACAUUACAAUCAUUAACCACAUCACAAACAAUGAUAGGUGAAGUCACAAACAUUCUUUUGAGUACAUAUUCUACAGUAGAUAAUGAGAAAUUGGCUUUAACUAUGAAUAAAAAUAACCAUAAUAACAAGAAUAGUACCGGAGGUCUUGAAAAAUUGCCUGCAUUACAAAGAGUCAUUCUCGACAAGGGACAAGCUAACCAAUCCCAUGAUGUAUGGUAUCAAAUUGGUGAAGAAUACGAGGGGCAAACCGACGACCACGCUAAAAAUUCGAUGUCCUCUCCCUUGAACAACUUAGAAGAAUAUCUAUUGAACGUACAAUCUGAAGAAAUUGCUUUUAUGGAUCAUACUGGAAUAUCCAGUGAUAUAAUAACACCAAAAGAUCAAGCUCAAGCAACUAGUACCACUUCGUCUAAUAGACAAGAAGAAAUCGAUACUCUUAACGAAAAGGUCACUACACUAACCAAGGCAUACACUGAUUUAAGAGAGAUCCAUGAAAAAUUGUACAAAGAGCACCAACAACUUCAAGAGUAA